AUGUUGGAAGGUUGCUGAGCCCGGGCUGUGUCUGUGCGAGCGGCGCCGGGAGCCCGUUUGCUGCGCGGGGUGGGGGGGGGCCGGCGGAGGGGAGCGGCGCGGAGGGCGGCGCGGGGACGCGGGCGCGGAUCAUGGACGUCGAGAGGCUGCAGGAGGCGCUGAAAGAUUUUGAGAAGAGGGGGAAGAAGGAGGUGUGCCCGAUCCUAGACCAGUUCCUCUGCCAUGUUGCCAAGACAGGGGAGACCAUGGUUCAGUGGUCUCAAUUUAAAGGCUAUUUCAUUUUCAAACUGGAGAAAGUAAUGGAUGAUUUCAGAACCUCAGCUCCUGAGCCAAGAGGGCCUCCCAAUCCAAAUGUGGAGUAUAUUCCCUUCGAAGAGAUGAAAGAGAGAAUCCUGAAAAUUGUCACUGGAUUUAAUGGCAUCCCCUUCACUAUUCAGCGACUCUGUGAGUUGCUAACAGAUCCUAGGAGGAAUUACACAGGAACUGACAAAUUUCUAAGAGGUGUGGAAAAGAAUGUCAUGGUUGUCAGCUGUGUGUACCCAUCUUCAGAGAAAAAUAAUUCCAGUAGUUUAAAUCGGAUGAAUGGCGUAAUGUUCCCAGGAAAUUCACCAGGUUACUCUGAGAGAUCAAAUGUAAAUGGUCCUGGAACUCCCAGACCAGUAAAUCGACCGAAGGUUUCUUUGUCAGCUCCUAUGACAACAAACGGUUUGCCGGACAGCACGGAACAUAAAGAGUCAAAUUUGCAGCAAACAGAAGAUAAGAAACACAGUGACUCACCAGCAUCUGACUCAGAAGGUGCUCAGAGCAGCCCAGUAAAAAAUAAGCACUCUGAAGAUGAUCCUGCAGAAGCGGAAGGGCAUGAGGUAAAAAGACUUAAAUUCGACAAAGAAGGGGAAGCCAGGGAUGCACCAAACCAAUCUGCCUCCAGCGAAGUUUCUUUAGGCAUGGGGGAAGAAACAGAAACAUCCUCUACGUCUCAGGAUAAAGAGAAAGAUUCUACUUGCGCAAGACAGCACCGCACGGAGGAGGACGAGGAAGAGUCCUUCAUGUCUCCCAGAAAUGCUGGUCCAGACAGAAAAGAUCAAGAAAAGGACACGGAGUCCUCAGCUGUGAAUGAAGAGUCCUCUGAGGAGAACAAUCAAAUGGAGGAGUCUGAUCAGUCUCAAGCAGAGAAGGAUUUGCAUUCAGACAACAGUGAAAGUAGUGGAUCAGUCAGUAGCGGAGCUGACUGCAGUGAAACUGAAGAGUUAGGGUCCUAUGGUAGUGAAACUCCAGAAUCUUCAUCAGAAACCCCUAUGGAAAACAGUGAGGAAGCCACAGAAGUUGCAGAUGAACCUAUGGAGCAAGACUAAUUUAAAUACACUUAGAUGCAGUAUUUUCCAUAAGGCUCCGGUUUUACACUGUAUAAAUAAUUUUAUGUAAUAAAGUGGACCUUUAGUUUUACAAAAGAAGCAGGUUGUAAAAUAAACUUCUUGGAUUGAACCUUGAAAGAGUUGUACAUGGUAAGAACUGUGAAUACCAGCUCCUUCAGGUCCUGCUUACCGCUGAACUUUCGUUUGGUCAAAUCAGUGGUUUGUGUAUAGUUUUUUUUAUUUAGAAUAAAAGUUUUUAAACUGGAAGGUAAUUAUAAUUUUGACAACUUUUUUGGAGAUUACCACACCUAGUUGUAUGUAAGCAAGCUUUUUGUCUCGUCUUUUUCUGACAGCUAUAGCAGUUACUUCAUAUUUUGGUUACAGUUUCAACGUUUCACAUGUGAUUUAUGGGGUUUCAUGCUGGUUUCCAGAUUUUUAUUUGAAUACACACUAUGAAACCUUAUGUUGUGUGUUUAAAAUGUGUUGCAUUUCACUCAUAUAUGCACGCAUGCACACGUAUGUGUACCCUCACUGUUCUAAGGGGGAAAUGUUAUAUUUUUCUGUUUCUACAAAAGAUAAAUACAGCAAAUACUUUUUCUAUAGGAGAAGACUAAGUUCACCUUUCAAGGCACUGUCUUUUGCCUCUGGGGGAAAAAAAAAGGCAAAUAAGAUCUGGCCCAUAUGAAACCCUGGAAAUAUUGUUGAAAACACCAGAGUAAACACAUUCCAAGAGAACUGUUCAAAUGACAACACUUUUGUAUACUUCUGAGGUGCCUGAGUGAAAGGAUUUCGUUUAUUUAUGAGAAAAUGUGCUUUAUGUUGAGAACCUUGUAAUCGAAACAUUAGCUUGAACUUUUGUAGGAGAAAUGUUUGAAGACAAGCAGAAAGUAUCUCGGGAGGAAUGAACAGGUACUUGCCUUUUUGGUGCUCCUUGGAGCAUUGUGAAUAUUACAGAGGCUCCAAGCCAUUGUGAGGUAUGCAGAUGGCAUUGAUCUGAUCACGCCGCCGGGUUGGAUGAAUUACGGUGUGGCAGUAGUUACGUACCUGAGCUAAAUAACUGAUGUGCAUAGAAUUCACCAUGAUUUGUAUAACAUUUUGGAAGUGAACUCAAUAUUUUUGAACAUGCUACCUUGACAGCCAGUGUUACGUUGUUUUUUUUCAAACCAGCUCAAAGCACAACUACUGCUUUCCUCUCGAUAUUUUCCAGUUCCCAUAUUUAAAGACAUGCAAGCUGCAACCUCCCGGUCACAAUUACUGGCUGCCAAAUUUAUACCUGUUUUCUUCAACUGUACCUUUUUGAUAUUUAGGAUUUUUAAAUUUCUGUAAAGUAGAUUUUUGUAGAUUGUAAUGAGUGCUCACUGCCAUUGUGAAACGGUAUAUAAUUGUAUAAUUUCUGUGUGUAAACUGAAUGCUUGGGCUUUCAAUACAGUAUUCAUAUAAAGCAAUAAAUAUAAAUGUUACGAAACAUCCGAGUACAUUUUUAUCAGCAUUGUCCCUUUUUGGCUUUAAGUUCGCAUACCUGAAGUGCAGAAGCGACCUGAGCUGCAUGCUGAUGGUUUGUUGUACGGCACGGUGUGCUCUGUGUCACACAGGAGGAAUCUCAGCUGCGGUUGCUACCAGGAUAAUUUGGCCCAGACUGAACGUUGCAGUUGUUCCCCGCUGGCGUUGCUGGUUUGUAAGCAGGCAGAGGAUUCUGGAGGUGCUUGCAGAGAGGAAAACCCUCUUCAGAUUCCAUCAGAAGGCAAACUGGACUCAUAUUCACUGUGCUGAAGGGUUGGACGUGUAUGACAAAAUCAAAAGACUGAUCCGAAAUGUUGCAAUUAGUUUAAAAAACGCGGUGACAUCUCUUUUUUUUGUUCUUUCUCGGGGGGUGUAUUUUGCCAAUGAGAACAAAAUUUUAAAAUUUCUAAGUUUAGAGAUCUCUGACAUUUUCUUUUAGGACGUUUAUGUGUGAUGGAAUUGUCAAUAAACUUGUUCUUUAAGCA